CGCAUUGCUAGUAUUUUUUUAAUGUACUUUCUUGAAAUUCUUCGACACAAUUUCAGUGAGCAGCAUCAUUUCAUUUUGGUUCAAUUUUUGAUCUCCUCAUUCUCUCUGUGCUCCCCCUGGCUCUCCAUGGCCAUGGCGUCAAUAAAUUUCGUGGUACCACUCCCUUUCCUUAAUUAAUGUGCCGCAGGAAAAUGGAGGCGCUAUCCAGAGCUAGGACAGCCAUCAAUUCCGCUGCUGCUAAAGCGGAGAAAGUCUUCACAGACAUCAAAAAGUCUGAUUCUGCCACUCAUCGUCAUUUGGAUAAACGAUCGCCAGGGUCAUCAACGCCAGAGACCCCGAAGGACACGGAUGAAUCGAAGGAUUCCCAUGAAGCAAAAAUUAAGGGAGUGAGACCAAGGCCAAUAAAGACCAAGGCAGAUUGGCAUGAAAGAUUUAGGAACAUAAGAAUAGGGAAAAGAGGAGCGGAGGAUUCCGAGAAGCCUGACCAUUCAACAAUGGCUUAUGCAAUUUUUGAUGAGAAUUUAUACAUGAUGGGUGAGAGAGAAUUCUCAAAUUCUAAGGAUGCAGAAGAGGGAGCUGCAGGGGAAGGCUCCAAAACUGUCAACAAGGAUAUUAUUCCAUCAUCAGCAAUUGUUAAACAGUUGGCUAUAGCAGUCGAAGCUGGAGUCAACUACAGCUCCAUGAAAGAGCUCCUUGUGUCUUCAAGAGGGUCUUCACCCAUCAGAGAGAGGGCUAGCUUAAGCUUUUCAGCAAUGAAAUCACUAGUGCUUCGUGAGAAAGAUGAUAAGUUGACCAAUGAGUUUGGAGGUGAUGAAAAGGUACUCGCAGAAGGGCAUUUUACCGGAAGGGCUGUGUUUGGUCCAGAAUUGCAGGCGAAUGCGACAUUUUUACUUAAAGAUAUCCACGGUGCUCCCAUUGAAAGUUUUGUGGUUAAACUCUCCGAAGCAGUUGGUUUCUUAAAGACCCUGCGGAAAAUGGCGGCAUUUUGGGCCAGGGUUGUUGCUGAACUAAGAAGACUUUGGUAUGAAGAGCAAUAUAUUCCUGGGAUCCCAACAGAUGAUAUCCCGGACCUGAAUUCAUGCCUGUUAUAUCAGCAGUUACAGGUUAUUAACUGCUGCAUUUCCAGAAAAAAACGACAUACUGCUGCUGUUGAAUCGCUAGAAUCUGUUACGGUCCGAGCAAUCUCAAAAUCCGAGGGUUCUUUAGAUUCCAGUAGCACACUUCCCUUGGACCCUUGUUUAUAUGCUAAAACUAAGUCUGGAGAACGCGUGCUACGAUUAGGAGCCGACAGAGAAUGCGAAAACUUGACGAUGCUAGAAACUGGAGAACCUGUCUAUUCACCUGUUUUGCAGGAACCACCUUUGCUCACCGAAGAUCUUAUCAAGGAGACAGAGGAGUUUGUGCUGAGAACUGGAAGUGUUGGAGCAGGAUGCUCCCAACUGCUUUCGGACAUGCAGGCAUUCAAGGCAGCAAAUCCAGGUUGCAUAUUGGAGGAUUUCGUAAGAUGGCAUUCUCCUCCUGAUUGGAUGGAAAAUGAAACUUCCAAUGAUACAGAUGAUAUCAGUGAUGGGAGCGACUUGUCGAUUGUUAAAGGUCAACUGAGUAUGCGAAUGCAAAAAGAAGGCAAUUUAUGGCGUGAACUGUGGGACACGUCGAAGCCAGUACCAGCUGUCAGACAAUCCCCUCUUUAUGAUGAAGACCUGGCUGUGGAAGGUAUUUUAAAUCAUCUGGAUGAAAUCUCACCAUCUGAGCUUUUUAAGCAGCUCUUUGUUGCUGCUUUGGGCUCCGGAUUAGUAAUUGCGGAAGCCACCCUCUCCACAAAUUCGAGUCUGUCAAGUUUUUUCGACGAAUGCAAGAACUACAUUGUCCUCACUUGUCAAGGCGACACCUGGAUGGAGAAACUCGAUGAUAUAUGUCAGGUUUACGAAACGGUGGAGACUAUGGUUCUAAAUCAAGACGAAGCAAUUAAAAUCACUGUACAGCCAGAAGAAAUCUCACCUGCCGAUGAAAUGAAAAACCGUUUCAAGAAACUUAGCUUAAUCUUUGGCGGGAAAAAUAAAUCUUCAUCUAAGGCCGUACCUUCUAAGAGCUUGAAGGAUAGUAAUACGGAGGAUAGUCCCGUGCGCCAGCCCUUGUCGUCAAUAUUUUCAAAGAAGCCUCCUAAGCCAAUUGCCUCUCCUUCAGAUAAUAAGACUUGCGGUUCAGUUGAUAAUGAUUGGACAAUUGUAUAAUUACAUGAAGAACUGUAUAUUGCUUUGUGAGAGCAUCUGCAAAUUUCUGAGUCAUCAGUUUUUCCAGAGAGUUGGGAAAGAGGAGAAUUGGGUGACCCAUUAAAUGGAGCAAUUGGUUUUUCUGGGACAUUGGUGUGGGGCAAACUAACUCUACAACGAAUUUUAUACAUAAUUUAAGGAGGCUCGGUCCUUUUGCUGCAAUUUUUCCCCUUGUACAUUUUAUCUUAAAGUAGGGGAAGUUGUCUCCGAGUAAGACGGAUACUAAUCGAUAAGAAAGUAGUAAUAAGUAUGCUUUAGAACUAGUGAGAAUUCCGUGUGAUGCACGGGGUUUCCGUACUUUAGAAUUUUUUUUUAAAAAAUUUUAUUUUCAUAAUAUAGUGUGAUGCACGGGGUUUCCGUACUUAAGAACUUUUUUUUUAAAAAAAUUUUAUUUUCAUAAUAUA